GUAUUAAAAGAGGAAAAGACGAAGUUAGAGUGAGAGGAGAAAGAAACCGAACCACCACCUGUUUCCGUCGUCGUUAAACCCUAACCACAAUUCUAAAACCAGCAAACAGUAUUCAUGAAUUAUUAUUAACCAUGACAUUCUCUUCCAUUUUUAUUCAAGAUUAUUUGAAGCUGAAGCUCAGAGCCAUGUCUCUGGCUCAUCUCGCACACCCACCUAAAUCUUUGUCAUCUAUAGCAACUACAUACCGCAGGCUCCACAGUUUGUACCCUCAAACCCAUGGCAACACACUUCUAAGGGGGUUUGCUUUUACUUGCUCUGCUUCCUUUUCUCCAUCUUCUUCUUCUUCUUCCGUUGUUCAGAGGCGCAAUAGAAAUAAUUCUUCCAAGUUUUCUUCGCCGCAUUUUUAUCAGCAGAAUUUGGGGUAUUAUGCUUACAACGAUUAUGUAUCCGACGAUGAAUCUGAUACUGAGUCCCACUCUUCUUCUAAGCAAUUGGGUUCUUCAACCCUUGAUAAUGUUGAAGACUGGAGGUCAAAGUUGACCACACUUGUGCGCUGCAAAAAUGAGGAAGAAAUUGUAUCGAGGGAGAAAAAAGACCGACGUGAUUUUGAGCAGCUUUCAGCACUUGCUGCAAGAAUGGGAUUGCACAGUCGUCAGUAUGAUAAAGUAGUUGUGUUCAGUAAAGCCCCUCUCCCAAAUUAUAGAUCAGAUUUGGAUACCAAGCGUCCUCAGAGGGAGGUGGUGUUACCAUUCGGGUUGCAUAGGAUGGUAAAUUCUCAUCUCAUAGCGCAUCUUUCUAGGAAGGCUGUGAACAAGGAAGAUUUUGUGAAUGGUUCGUUCCCAAAGUCCAAUACGGGUCAGAGUCCAUUAAAUGGUGAAGGAUUUGAUGAGCAAGAGGAGCCCUCAACCCAAAGUGUCAUAGCUGAGAGAAUUAUUAAGCGGAGGAGCUUGCAUAUGCGCAAUAAACAACAAGAUUGGAAAGAAUCUCCAGAAGGCCAGAAGAUGCUAGAAUUUCGAAAAAGUCUUCCCUCAUAUAAAGAGAGAGACGCAUUAUUGCAUGCCGUUUCCCAAAAUCAGGUGGUGGUUGUCUCUGGUGAAACUGGUUGUGGAAAAACUACACAACUGCCACAAUAUAUCUUAGAGUCAGAAAUUGAAGCCGCACAAGGAGCUGAAUGUAGUAUUAUCUGUACCCAACCGAGACGAAUAUCUGCUAUAUCAGUUGCUGAGAGAGUUGCUGCUGAGCGUGGUGAAAAAAUAGGAGAAUCAGUCGGUUAUAAAGUUCGCCUUGAGGGAAUGAGAGGGAGAGAUACUCGUCUCCUUUUUUGUACUACUGGUAUCCUUUUAAGGAGAUUAUUGGUUGACAGAGAAUUAAAAGGCACAACUCAUGUUAUUGUAGAUGAGAUUCACGAGCGUGGAAUGAAUGAAGACUUUCUUCUGAUUGUACUGAAGGAUCUUCUUCGUCGCCGACCAGAACUGAGAUUGAUUUUGAUGAGUGCAACUUUAAAUGCCGACCUUUUUUCUUCCUAUUUUGGUGGUGCUCCAACAAUCCACAUUCCUGGUUUUACAUACCCUGUCCGGAGUCACUAUCUAGAAAAUAUAUUGGAAAUAACUGGGUAUAGGUUGACACCAUAUAAUCAAAUUGAUAAUUAUGGGCAAGACAAGCAGUGGAAAAUGCAGAAGCAGGGUCUCAAAAGAAGGAAGACUCAGAUAGCUUCAGCUGUUGAGGAAGCUCUUAUGGCUGCUGAUUUUAGGGAGUAUAAUCCUAGAGCUAGGGAGUCACUUUCGUGUUGGAAUCCAGACUCAAUUGGGUUUAAUCUUAUUGAGCAUGUCCUCUGUCAUAUUUAUCACAAAGAAAGGCCGGGCGCUGUGUUAGUAUUUAUGACUGGUUGGGAUGACAUCAAUUCUUUGAAAGAUCAACUUCAAGCUCAUCCACUAUUGGGUGAUCCAACCAGAGUUCUUUUGCUUGCAUGCCAUGGUUCCAUGCCCAGUGCAGAGCAGAAACUUAUUUUUGAUAAACCAGAAGAUGGAGUGCGGAAGAUUGUUCUGGCAACAAAUAUGGCUGAAACAAGUAUCACCAUAAAUGAUGUAGUUUUUGUGGUUGAUUGUGGGAAAGCAAAAGAGACUUCUUAUGAUGCUCUAAAUAACACUCCUUGUUUGCUUCCUUCCUGGAUCUCCAAGGCUUCGGCUCGCCAAAGGAAAGGCAGAGCAGGCCGUGUUCAAUCAGGCGAAUGUUAUCAUCUCUACCCGAGGUGUGUGCAUGAUGCCUUUGCAGAUUAUCAAUUGCCGGAGCUUUUGAGAACACCUUUACAGUCUUUAUGUUUGCAAAUCAAGAGUCUACAACUUGGGAGCAUUUCAGACUUCUUGUCGAAAGCACUACAACCACCCGAACCUCUAUCUGUUCAAAAUGCGAUCGAGUAUUUAAAGAUGAUUGGGGCUUUAGAUGAGAGUGAAAAUCUUACAGUGCUGGGGCGCAACUUAUCCACGCUUCCAGUUGAGCCAAAGCUUGGUAAAAUGCUUAUAUAUGGUGCUAUGUUUAACUGCUUAGAUCCGAUGUUGACUAUUGUUGCUGGCCUAAGUGUCAGAGAUCCAUUCUUGAUGCCAUUUGAUAAGAAGGAUCUAGCUGAGUCUGCAAAGGCCCAAUUUUCAGGACGUGAGUUCAGCGACCAUGUUGCUCUUUAUCGGGCUUUUGAGGGCUGGAGAGAAGCUGAAAGGAAGCAGUCUGGUUAUGAAUACUGUUGGAGAAAUUUCCUUUCUACACAAACUCUGAGAGCCAUUGAUUCCUUAAAGAAGCAGUUCCUUUAUCUGCUCAAAGACAUUGGUUUGGUUGAAACUGUUGAUAAUUGCAACAAAUGGAGUCAUGAUGAACAUCUCAUCCGUGCUCUUAUAUGCGCUGGUCUCUUCCCUGGGAUAUGCUCUGUUGUGAACAAGGAGAGGUCAAUAUCAUUAAAAACCAUGGAGGACGGACCAGUGCUUUUGCAUUCGAAUUCUGUGAAUGCUCAGGAAGCCAAGAUUCGAUUUCCUUGGCUUGUUUUCAAUGAAAAAGUGAAAGUCAAUUCAGUAUUUCUCCGCGAUUCAACUGGUGUAUCUGAUUCCGUGGUACUUUUAUUUGGAGGACAUAUUUCUAGAGGCGGAAUCGAUGGCCACAUGAAAAUGUUGGGGGGAUAUUUGGAAUUUUUUAUGAAGCCCGAGUUGGCUGCUACAUACCUGAGUUUAAAGAGUGAGCUUGAUGAACUCCUUCAGAAGAAGCUUUUAAAUCCAAAGAUGAACAUAGAGGAAUGUCAUGAUGAACUUCUAACAGCAGUGAGAUUGUUGGUAUCAGAGGACCAAUGCGAAGGCAGAUUUGUGUACGGGCGUCAGAUUCCAACACCUUCUAGAAAACCCGAAAAAGAUAUUCAAUCAGGUAUACGAAAAGGCAGCAAUGACAAUGCAAAAUCUCUUCUACAGACCUUACUUGGAAGGGCAGGUCACGAACCACCUUCAUACAAGACAAAACCACUAAAAAACAACAAGUUCAGAUCAACGGUUACAUUCAACGGUCUAGAUUUUGCUGGAGGACCUUGGGGAAGUAAGAAAGAUGCUGAAAAGGAUGCAGCUGCAGAGGCUCUCAGGUGGUUGACUGGUGAUAACCAGUCAUCCGAAGAAACUGUCGACUACAUGUCUACCCUUCUCAAGAAAAGCAAGAAAAAACAGUCUAAUUCUCCUGCUAGGUGGAGGUAAUACUUUCUAUUACUUAAUUUGUUGGUAAAUGAUUGAAAAAGUCAACCCGAAAAGAUAAAUGGUUCGAGGCAACAGAACGAUAUUUUUUGGGGGCAGAAGCUUUGUGAAGCUUUGUUCGGUAAUAUGGUAUAACUAUAGCAGAGGCUCGCUCAUCAUCAUCUGUAUAUAUAUUAUCUGCUAAUUGGUGUUAAGAGUUAUGUAAAAGUUUUGAUUUGGAAUGUCGUAAGCAGAUUCGUCCUGAUUUGAAUUUGCUGUAAAUUGAAACAGCAUCUGUAUGAUCUUUAAAUACAUUAAGCCUAGUAAAAGCAUUUUUUCGACCUUUUGUAAGGUGGAUUUAGGCCGAUACAAUUUUUUUCUCUGUAGGAAAACGAGUAAAGUGAAAUAUUGCAAAACUGAUGAUAUUUUUUGUCGAUUUAUCAGUAUGCACCUUCAAAGCAGCUGCAGUUAUGCUGUUAUACUGAAA